AUGGGCGUGGGCGAACGCAGCGUCACGGGGAAAUGCAGCGUCACGGGAAACUUGGUCGGCUGUCUCUCCGUCCAUAGUCUCAGGAGACAGGACUUCGCCAGAGAGUGUCUUCAUAACCUCCAGAAGCAUCCACCCAUCCCCAUCGUCACUCUCUUCUUCAGGCCCCUUCAAAGUGGGGCUCUCUCCAUCGGGAUGUGCUAUCCCGGAAUUAAAAGAAGUGUCGCGAUUGACCAAAUUACUCAACGUCUGAGCAGCGUCUAUUUCCAACACUUCAUGGCCACUGCCACUGUAGUGUGCGUCUUCAUCGCAGUCACCGUGCAGGCCAUCACCGUAUGCGCAGCUCUCGAUGCGUCCUGGAUCGACGUCGCAAGACUUGUGGAGGUACCAGUCUGUACGGGCUUCAGUCUGUUCCAGCAUGGUACCUAG